AUGCAGGUCAGGUCCUUUCUCGCGUGGUGGCUGCUCACCUUCACCUCGAUGCCUUCGGGCUCGGGGGCCUCGACGGAUAUAGUCCGCCAACACUCCAAGAUCACUCCUAAAAUGUUCAUCGUCUCGAUGUUCACUCCUGAAGCCGAAAUCUGGCACGGCAUCCCCGAAUUUGACCUGCUAUCACACAACAUCUCUCUCCCCGGCCUUUCCCCCCUCUUCCCCUCAAUCCACUGCUCUGCCGACUAUGAGGUUUGCCAGCUCAUUACAGGCGAAGGCGAGAUUAACGCAGCCAGCACGGUAUCCGCCCUGCUUUACUCCAACACCUUUAACCUGACAUCAACCUACUUCCUCCUCGCCGGCAUCGCAGGUAUCAACCCGGAAGUUGGUCCCACAGCUUCUGUCACCUUCGCCCGAUUUGCUGUGCAAGUAGCGCUACAAUAUGAGUUUGACGCGCGUGAGAUUUAUGCCAACAUGUCAACCGGCUACCUCCCGCAGGGAUCAACCUCCACCACACCGGACCAGUACCCGUCGUCCAUCUACGGCACCGAGGUGUUCGAGGUAAACGCCCAGCUGCGAAGCAUUGCAGCAGCGUUUGCAAAGAAUGCCACGCUCGCGGACUCCGAGUCCGCCAAGGCAUACAGGAAGCUGUACAAGUCUGACAGCGGUAUCUACGACGCCGCAACGCAGGACCCCCUCGUUCUCGAGUGUGACACUUCCACCAGCGAUGUCUACUUCUCCGGCCGGCUGCUGGGUGAGGCAUUCUCGAACACCACCAAGACAUUUACGAACGGCAAAGGGAUUUACUGCACUACGCAGCAGGAAGAUAACGCGACCCUGGAGUCUCUGCUCCGCGGUGCGUUGGCGGGCCUAGUCGACUUCAGCCGGAUUAUCAUAAUGCGCACGGCGUCCGACUUCGACAGGCCUCAUCUGGGCGAGUCGCCGUUCGAGAAUCUUUUCACGGCUGAUGAGCAGGGCGCGUCGACUCCUGCGUUUGAGAACCUUUACCGAGCUGGUAUUAAAGUUAUCGAGGGUAUUCUGGAUAACUGGGAGGGUGGAUUUGAAAAGGGCAUCAAGGCGAAGAAUUAUGUUGGUGAUAUUCUGGGCUCGCUUGGUGGCGAGCCAGAUUUCGGGUCUGGAGCUGAGAAGGUCGUUAAGAGGGCGAUUCUGGGGGAGAGGAGGGGGAGGUGGUAG